GGGGCGGGGCCUCCGCCACCACCUCUGCUGCGGACGGAGGCGAGAUGGCGGCCACGGAGGGGGUCGGGGAAUCUGCGCCAGGCGGCGAGGCCGGACAGUCGGAGCAGCCGCCGCCCCCGCCGCCCCCGCCGCCCCCGCCGCCAGCGCAGCAGCCGCAGGAAGAAGAGAUGGCGGCCGAGGCCGGGGAAGCGGCGGCGUCUCCUAUGGACGACGGGUUUCUGAGCCUGGACUCGCCCACCUAUGUCUUGUACAGGGACAGGGCAGAAUGGGCUGAUAUAGACCCAGUCCCACAGAAUGACGGCCCCAACCCAGUGGUGCAGAUCAUCUACAGUGAAAAGUUUAGAGAUGUUUAUGAUUACUUCCGAGCUGUUCUGCAGCGCGAUGAAAGAAGUGAACGAGCCUUUAAGCUCACCCGGGAUGCUAUUGAGUUAAACGCAGCCAACUAUACAGUGUGGCAACUUGUGUGGAGUAACGAGCGUUUGAACGCUUGCUGGUUUUGCUCUAGGCAUUUUCGGAGAGUUCUCUUACGGUCGCUUCAAAAGGAUCUGCAGGAGGAAAUGAACUACAUCACCGCAAUAAUUGAGGAGCAGCCCAAAAACUACCAAGUUUGGCACCAUAGGAGAGUGCUAGUGGAGUGGCUAAAAGAUCCCUCUCAAGAGCUCGAGUUCAUUGCCGACAUUCUUAAUCAGGAUGCAAAGAACUACCACGCCUGGCAGCACCGACAGUGGGUCAUUCAGGAAUUUCGACUUUGGGAUAAUGAGCUACAGUAUGUAGACCAGCUUCUCAAAGAGGAUGUGAGAAAUAACUCUGUCUGGAACCAAAGACACUUCGUCAUUUCUAAUACCACUGGCUACAGUGAUCGUGCUGUGUUGGAGAGAGAAGUCCAGUAUACUCUGGAAAUGAUCAGAUUAGUACCACACAACGAAAGUGCAUGGAACUACCUGAAAGGGAUUUUGCAGGAUCGAGGUCUUUCCAGAUACCCUAAUCUGUUAAAUCAAUUGCUUGAUUUACAACCAAGUCACAGUUCCCCCUACCUAAUUGCCUUUCUCGUGGAUAUCUAUGAAGACAUGCUAGAGAACCAAUGUGACAACAAGGAGGACAUUCUUAAUAAAGCACUAGAGUUAUGUGAGAUCCUAGCUAAAGAAAAGGACACUAUAAGAAAGGAAUAUUGGAGGUAUAUUGGAAGAUCCCUUCAGAGUAAACACAGCAGAGAAAGGGACAUACCAACGAAUGUAUAGCAGUGAGAGCGUCGGACGAAGUGGACGCCGCUUUCUUUCUAAGGGCCUCUAACACAGGAGUGAAAACUUGAGCGACCAUCCCUUGCCUGUGCGCUAAAGUUGUUGCCCAGGUGCUGUUUUUAACAAGAACUAAGUAGGAUACUCCUGUAUGCUGAUGCUCUUCAGACUAGCUCUAAGAAGUCAAUUCUUGUAAAGCAAGGUCAUUGGAGGGGGGGUGAAGGCCUUCCCAUAAAGGAACUGCUGCUUUGGUAGUCUUCCCAACAUUUAAUCCAGUCCCGUAGAAUCAACUCCUCCCGGAAGGUGCGUGUGCAAGGCUUUGUGCUGGUAGUGACUGAAGGGAACUGUUACUGGUUUGCGGUGACUUCACUCGUGGUGCAUUAAACAGGGACUGCAACUGUUGACUAGAGCUGCUGUGCCACGCUCACGGUAUCUUGCUAUCACUGUAACCAACUAAUGCCAAAAGAAGGGUUUUAUAAUAAAAUCACACGAUCUAUAAAGGACAGUA